AUGUUGUUUCAGGUUGAAGUAACUGAUGGUAAACCAGGGAAAUUGUUGGUAUAUUUAGAUCGUCUUGUACAGAAAAAUAAACGUUCCAGUUCGGAAAAACGAAUUCGAUGUUGCCUAUUAGAUGAAACCAAAGAUGCCUUCUAUUCCUGGCAGUGGCAAGGAGAAAAGGGAAAAUGGGAGAUGUUCAGUGUCCUUUCAUGCUUGGUCUUGGAGAAUGCCUAUCAACGUGGAAUGCCUUCUGUUGACAUUGUUAGUAGCAACCAUUCUCUUGCUAUUAAUCUGAAGAAUAUGUCACAAACAAAUGUUGCUACCAGUGAAACCAGAAAAAUACAAAGAAUUCAGAGUGACUGUAGAGCUCCAGCUGCUGGCUGUAAUGUCUUAACUGACUUGUGUGUUAGUAGCAGCAGUGGUGGAAGUACAACAAACAGUAAUGGUGUCACUGACUUAGUGCUGCCUGAAACUUUGGAACAGAAGAAGAAUUGCAAGCGGUCCGCAUCAUCUGGAACAAGGAAAAUAAAAAAAGAACCUCCAGAUUCAGCUGUCCCCCAAGAAGAUUGCAACACUCAAAAAAACAUUAAGACCAUUGUCAUGAAUGGCAAGGCUCCAGUGGACAGUGAAUGUCCUCUUCAGGGUAGAGUCCAUGUCUACUGUCAGGGUAAUGAUGUAUGGGACUGUAUGUUAAACCAGACCAACACGGCUGAUAAUAAUAACAAGUAUUAUCUUGUUCAGUUACUGCAGGAGAAUUCAAGUCAAUGCUAUUAUGUUUGGCAGCGCUGGGGUCGAGUUGGUUACAAAGGUCAAAACAAUUUGGUCUGCUGUUCCAAUGAUCUUAACAAAGCUGUGAGUGUGUUCACAAAAAAGUUUCAUGAUAAAACUAAAAAUGAAUGGAGUGAAAGACAGAAUUUCCAGAAAGUUCCUGGAAAAUAUGAUCUUAUUCACAUGGAUUAUAGCACCCAGAGUAAGGAUGAUGUCGAUUCUGUUGCCUUGAAGAAAGAACCAACAGAAGUUCCUGACUCUAAAUUGACUCAGAACGUGCAGAAAUUAAUUAAGCUCAUCUCUGACAUACAGUCAAUGAAGGAAACAGUUAUUGAGAUGAAAUAUGAUGCAAAGAAAGCUCCAUUAGGACGUUUGACUGUCGAGCAGAUAAAUGCUGGUUAUAUAGCCUUGAAAAAAAUUGUCAACUGUAUCCAAUCAAAUAAUUUUGGACCAAACUUGACUGCAGCCUGUGAUGAAUUCUAUACCAGAAUCCCACAUACUUUUGGGAUGAAGAAACCUCCUCUUAUUCGUGACAGUCAAACUGUCAAGCAGAAGAUUCAACUUCUUGAGGCCUUAGGUGAUAUUGAGAUUGCUAUCAACAUCCUGAAGCAAGGAGAUAUCACAGAAAACCCAAUUGAUCGAACGUACAAAUCACUAGAGUGUGAAAUAGAAUCUCUGUCCCAAAACAGUACCGAAUAUAAGCUAGUGGAAACCUAUCUUCUCAACACCCAUGCAGCCACUCACACUGGUUAUUCAAUGAAAUUAUUGGAAGUUUUCAGCUGUCACAAGUCCGCUGAAACAUCACAGUUCCUUGAUUAUGGCAACAGAAUGUUACUGUGGCAUGGCUCCCGACUGACCAAUUGGGUGGGUAUUUUGAGCAGAGGUCUAAGAAUUGCACCCCCUGAAGCACCAGUUACAGGAUACAUGGUUAGUUUUAUUUUUCUUUUAUUAUCUGACCAUAAUCACACAUUAGCUUUGCAAACAAUUCCAUUAAUAGACUAA